AUACAGUUGUCCCACAUCCUUUUACAGCUCUAGGGAUGAGAUUUCGUGGUGAUAAGAGAUUGGAUAAUAUUAUCCUCGAAUUCAAGCUUACAAAUACAUUCGAUAAAAGUCAUGAUGGAUGGUGUUCAUCGGGCUUAUAUAAUAAAAGAACAAAAUACACAAGUGGGGACGCUAUUCAGGAUUUGGAUCGAGCGAAAAAAUCAUGGUCAAUUGGCAACUUUGAAACUCACGAUGCCUGUAAAAGAUAUUUGAAAGGCUAA